GCACUGACUGGCACUGUUAGGUGGCAAUGAUAGCCAGCACUGACGGGCACUUAUAGGUGACACAGAAGCACACUGAUAGAUGGCACUGACUGGCAUUGAUAGGUGGCACUGAAUGGCACUGAUGGGUGACACUGAAAGGCAGCUCAGAUGGGCACUGAUAUCUGGCAAUGAUGUGUACUGGCAGGUGGCACUGAUGGGCACUGAAAGGCAGCACUCAUAUAUUGCACUGAUCGGUGGAACUGACUGGCACUGUUAGGUGGCACUGACUGGCACAGUU